AGGGGGAGCAAGUCCCCCAGAAACACUAACUAUAUCAAGGAGCUAUUUGAUGAUGUCUGGGCACUUUAAAAGUGUCUGAGACAAAACACUAAAAUAAAAGAACUUUCCAUUGUUUUGUGGGGGGUGUGAGGGGUGGCCAAUACCCCUAGAAAAUUUUUCAAUUUAAGAUGCUAUUUGGUGCUUUCUGGGUACUUUCAAAGUGUAUGAGUCAAUGAAAAAAAAAUUACAAAAAAAUAUUUUUCAAAAAAAACAUUUUUUUCAAAUUUUUUUUUGUGGGGUGACAAAGGGGGGUGCGGUCGCACCCAUCGCACCCCCCCAUCUGACGGCCCUGGAAGAGGGCCCAGUCAAAGUUGCUGAACAUUACCGCAUCAUGGCAACUUUCUUAACAAAUCACAGUGACUUCUAUGGCCGCGGAAGGAAUCGUGAACUAGCUGUGUGGUAUACAGUACAAUACAACAAGAUAAUGAGAAAACUCACAGCAAACGCACUCAUCAAUGUACCGAUGAGUGUAUCCAUUGUUGCUAUGAGAGAUCACUUCAAGGAUAUGAUCACCUGUCACAAUGAACUGAGAACAAUGACUCAGUCCUUCUAUGGCAAGAGCAAAUCCAGACAGUUAAAACUAUGGAACAAAGUCAUGUUUGAUAGAAUUCCUGAACCCAAAAUACCAGAGCAAGCUGAAUCAAAGGCCUUUGGAGUAAUGAAAGCUGGAAUGACACAAGAUGGUGAAAUUGGAGAAAAAUUUUCAAGUUUAAUUGAAGGACAAGUUGUUCAAGUUCCAAUUCAGACUGAAAUGGUAAAUUUUGGAGAAACUAUCAAUGAUGACAGAGCUGAUGUCAAUGAUGAUAGUGAUGAAGUCAAAGAUGACAGUAAUGAUGUCAAUGAUGACAGUGAUGAAUCUAUUGAGGUCGUUUUAGAUGAACAACAAAAAAUUUCAAAAAGUGAUCAUGAAAUUAAAACAAAAAUAACAAAACACAGCAAAAAUGGAAAUAAAAUGGAAAAUCCUGAAAACCAUAUAAAUUCAAGAAGAAACAAUGAACAAAUAUAUCAAAGGCAAGAAGGAAGUGGAGAUCAUAGUACUGAAACACCAAUCAAUGAGGCCCCUUCAAAGGAUAUGAAUGAACAACCACAAAUAGUGAGUGAUGUCACAGCCAAUUUCGAUGCAAAACUUUUACAACUUCAAAAACAGGUGGAUGAAAAUCAACUCAAUCAAAAAGAAAACAGGUACAUCAUUGCUAUGCUGCAAAACCAGAUAACUACACAACAAAAUGAUGAGACAAUUCUAAAGGAUGAGCUUACAACACUAAAACAACAACAAGACAAUAGUCUUGCAAGAAUUGAACAGCUAGAACAAAUGGUGGCUAAUUAUGAAUGGGCCUUCAAGGAUAUCAAAUCUGUGAAUAAUUUAAUUAAAACUGAUGUACGAUCUAUGAAGAACACACUCAAUACACAUAAUACAACAUUGAGUAUACACAAUAUGGAUAUUUCAACUGUUCAUUCUGAUUUAAAGAAUAUGAAGAUCAUCCAGAAAUGGACUUUUGAUGACUUUAAAGCGACAAACAGAAAAUUGAGAUCUGAUAUGCAAAUCAUUAAAACAGCCCAGAGGACUCAGAAUGACACCAUUGAAAUACUAAAUGAUGAUACAAACAGAGUUAAGGUUCUUGUAGACCAGCAAGGAAGCGUACUUGAAGCCAUUUUAGAAGGGAUGCAGACAAAGCUUAAGGAGCAUAAUAAUAUACAUGACGAGGAAAAUAAUGUUGUUGAACAGAUUCAAAAUGAACUGAACAAUCUUACUGACACAGUAAAAUCUGAGAGAGGUCACACUAGAGCAGCCUUAGUUCGACUCCAGGAGGAUCUUGCUAAAGUACAUGCUGUACGACAUCAUAAAACGAAGACUGAUAACCAUCAUUAUAACACUAAUAACAAAAAUGUAGAUGAUGACAAAGCAUUGCAACAAGAUAAUGGGCUUGAAGCAGUAAUUGAUGAGGAUCUGAUUCCAACUGAUGUAGAUGGAAAAACAAAUAUGAAAAUUAUACAAAACAGGGCCAAAAAACAACCACAUAAUCAACAAAACAUCCCACAACAUAGAGUUGCUCACCUUGAAAAUAAAAUUUCAAGAUUCCCUGAAGAAGUAGAAGGCUCUGGCGAGGUAGAUGGGGAUAGUGGGUCACAAUGGGAACACAUUCUCUCUGGUCUUGAAGAAAGGGAUAACACAAUACAGCAUGAGAUCAAAGAGCUCCUUAAAGAAAAGGACACUCUGAGCAACAAGGUUGGUAAGAUUGAACAAGAUAUAACCAACAAAGAUGGGAAACUGGUAGAACUUAAUCGAAAGAUUUUAAGUCUUACUGAUCACAUUGAAACACUGGAAGAGACACUUCAGGAACAAAACCAGAGAACUUUAGAAGAAGAACUGGAAACAUUCAAAAAUAUUAUGAUGAACUUUACUGAACAAGUCUUCACUUUGGACAAUUGGAGGAUGAAAUCGAAAAAACAUGUGAACAUCACUUACGAAAACCGUAAAGACAUAGAAGAUAUGGUCAUUUAUGUCAAAGACAACAUUGCCAAAAUAACAAAUCUAGAAACAAUAGUGUACAAAGACUCUAAAGAAACAAACAGGAAACUUGAACUAAUACAACGAAAAUAUAACCAAUUGAAUAAAACAGUAGAAGUAGUCGGAACAAGAGUCCAAAAUCACUAUCAGCGAUUCCAGCGUUUGUUCAAUGGAGUCGAUUAUAAAUUCACAAAAGCAGCGGAAAAUUAUAAUCGUAACAAGGAUAAGAUUGCUCACUUAGAGGUGAAUUAUCUGAAUGCUAGUUUGACCUACUGCAUGGAAAACAACAAAGACCUAAUACAGGACCUAAAAUUUACAUCUAUAACAAAGAGCAUCACAAAACUGGAAUCUCUUGGGAAAGACGCUAGAAAUGCUGUGUCAAAGUUUGACAAAGGGUUACAGAUGGUCCAUGAAAAUGAAAACAGACGUGCGGCUGAGAUAAAAUCUCUUCAAACGCAGACAGCUGAGUGUGCCAAGGUCAUUCCAAAACUCAAGGUCAUCGAAAAAGAAGUGAAGAAUUUUGUAACCCAGCUGCCUCAAGAUUGCUCUGAUGUGUUUGCAUCUGGGUUCAGCAAGAGUGGUAUCUAUCUGAUUAAACCAAAGAACAGUACAAAGUCAGUGCAAGUCCUUUGUGAGUUUGAGAUAGAUGGCCCAUGGACAGUAAUACAGCAUAGGCAUGAUGGUUCAGUGGACUUCAAUAAAACAUUCGCAGAAUACACAAAUGGUUUUGGAACAGCUGCGACUGAAUUCUGGGUAGGAUUAGAAAAUCUCCAUCUAUUAACAACAGAACGAAAAUACAACCUCCGAAUCGACAUGUGGGAUGUCUUCGGCGACUACUAUUUCGCGGAUUACAACGAAUUCAACAUUGGUUCUGGCAAAUCAAAUUACACCCUUACGAUCGAUGGUUACCUAGGUAAUGCAACCGAAUCAUUCACAUACUCAGACGGCACCAUGUUUAGUACCUCUGAUGUUGAUAAUGACGCAAGCAGCACACAUUGCGCUAAGUUCUACACAGCUGGAUGGUGGUACAAACAUUGCCAUUAUGUUAACUUAAAUGGACGCUAUGGUGUCGGAAUCGUGUGGUUUAAUCAAGACACUGAUGAUUGGAUAGAAUUAAAGGAAACAGUUAUGAAAAUCAAACCAUUAGAAGAUGAAGACUAUGAAGAUGAUUAUGAUUAUAGAAUAUGAUCUAAUAUUGUAUAAUAUGCUACAAACUUACAUAAUAUGUUCCCAUGUACAAUAUGAACCAACAUUAUACAAUAAAAUCCCAUGUAUGAUACUAUCCAACAUUAUACAGUAAAUUCCAAGAUUAUACAAUGUGUUCUUAGCUUCCGGAAUAUCAUCAAAUAUACAAUAUAAUCCAACAUUGUGUUAUGAAUUCUAAGAUCAUAAUAAUAUGACCCCACAUACAAUAUGAUUGAACAUUAUAUACAAUACAAAACUAUUAAAAUCUCAGGAAACAUUUAUAAACUGCCAUGCUGGUCAGGGUUACCAAGUUACGUCGUAAAAAGGCAAAAUAACAAAUAUUAUAACUCAAAAAACAAAACAAUGUUAAUGGCAUUUAUGUUAAUAAAAAUCCAAAUAUGGCAACUAGCUGAUAGAUGCUUUUGACCAAUGAGAUUGUCUGUUUGGCUGUUUAUUAUUCUAUUUUAAUAUUCAUAGAAUUUAUUUUUACAUUACAAAACAUAAUCACUUGUUGUGACUGUUGAGAGCAUUCUGAGGAGAUAUUGGAUGGUAUGUUCUUUUUUCACGGGUACUAACCUGACCCCAUGAUACCAUGAGCAUUUAAGGAUCCACAAGUUUAUCAUCCUGCCGAGCUUGCUAAUACAUAUAGUAUUAUUCCUAGUUUUGAUUGUGAUGAGUCAUAUUUUUAAAAGGUUAAUGGCAACU